AUGGCCUGCUCCUUGAGAAUCUUGGUCAGUAAACGUGACGAAAUUACCGAGGAUGAGUUUCAUCGAUACUGGUCAGAAGAGCACCCUCGAGUGUGGCUGAACAUUGAGAUUGUCAAGAGAAAGGUGGUCACAUAUUCGCAGUUUCAUGUCGACAAGAAGUCCACCGCUGUCCUCACCGACUUCGGCGUCCAGGUUGGUAGCUGGGACGGGCUUGUCACUAUUGCUGCCGAAACCUUUCAGGAUCUGCUGAGUGUCUUUGGUGACGAGGAAUAUCUUCGUGUUGUUGUACCUGACGAGGAGAAAUUCCUCAAGCGGUCGACUGCUAUAAUGAUGGUAGGAGAAGAGAAGCCUAAAAAGAUGAAUGGGACAGUGCUGGUAGACAUCGGUACUAAGUCUUGA